AUGAGAAAACAAGAGUUUCUUUCGCACACUCUCACGCGCUCUCUCACGCGCACCUUCACGAGCACCCUCACGCGCACCCUCAUGCGCACUCUCACGCGUUCUCUCACGCGCACUUUCACGUCGCACUCUCACGCGCCCACUUACGUGCAUAAUCACCCGCUCUCCCACGCGCUCUCUCACGCGCUCCCUCACGCGCUCUCGCAUGCGCACCCUCACGCGCACUCUCAGGCACACUCUCACGUGCUCUCUCACGAUCUCUCUCUCUCGCACUCAUUCUCUCUCUCACGCGCUCUCUCACGCGCUCUCUCACGCGCUCGAUCACGUGCUCUCGCACGCACACCCUCACGCGCACUAUCAGGCACACUCUCAUACGCUCUCUCUCGUGCUCUCUCUCUCGCACUCUCACGCGCAUUCUCUCUCUCACGCGCACUCUCACGCGCUCUCCACGCGCUCACUCACACGCUCUCUUACGCGCUCCCUCACGCGCGCUCUCACGCACGCGCACUCACACGGGCACUCUCACGCGCACUCUCACGCGCACUCUCACGCGUUCUGUCACGCGCUCUCUCACGCUCUCCCUCACGCGCUCUCUCCACGCUCCCUCACGCGCACUCUCAGGCACACUCUCACGCGCUCUCUCUCACGCUCUCUCACGCGUUCUCUCACGCACUCUCUGACGCACUCCCUCACGCGCUGUCUCGCGUGCUCUCUCACGUGCUCCCUCACGCGAUCUCGCAUGCGCACCCUCACGCGCACUCUCAGGCACACUCUCACGCGCUCUGUCUCACGCUCUCCCUCUCUCGCCCUCUCUCGCGCAUUUCUCCUCUCUCACGCGCACUUUCACGCGCUCUCUCAUGCGAUCUCAAGCGCACUCUCAGGGCGGGGAGGAGGGAGGGCGACGGCGGGGAGGAGGGAGGGCGAUGGCGGGGAGGAGGAAGAGGCGACGACGGGGAGGAGGGAGAGGCGACGGCGGGGAGGAGGGAGAGGCGGCGACGGAGGGGAGGAGAGAGAGCGACGGCGGGAAGGAGGAAGAGGCGACGACGGGGAGGAGGAAGAGGCGACAACGGGGAGGAGGAAGAGGCGACGGCGGGGAGGAGGGAGAGGCGGCGGCGGGGAGGAGGAAGAGGCGAUGACGGGGAGGAGGGAGAGGCGACGGCGGGGGAGGAGGGAGAGGCGACGGCGGGGAGGUAA